AUGGUCUAUGGGGGCAAGCCAAGUACCGGAUGUUACCUGUGUCGCAAGCGGAAGAUAAAGUGCGAUGAAGCUCACCCCGAGUGCAGGAACUGCAUUAUCUACCGCCGCCCUUGUCCGGGGUAUCGGCCCGAUGCAGUCUUCCGCAAUGAGACCAAGAAGGUUGAGCGGCUGGUGAAAAACGGCAAUCAUGCCAGCGCUAGCAAUAGCAGCAACAACAGCAACAGUGAAAGUAACAGUGGCACCCAAGCUCAUACGCCUGAUUCAGAGUCAUCAGUUAUCGUGGCUGGACGCCGGCGUCCUGGAAACAUUCAGAGCAAUCCCACGCUAACUUUGUACUCGCCUGCUGAUUCCAACUGGGAACAAAGAGCUCUAUGCUACUUCUUUGAUCAAUUUACCAUCAAGGCCGAUGGAGAAGAUGGUGGCCAUCUCGAUUAUCUUCCUCCGCUAUAUGCACGUGAAAUUGGUCAGGGUGGCCGCACGCCGUCUUCUUGCUUGAGGUGGGCCGUUGAUGCUACGGCAUUGAUGACUCUUGCAAAUGCUAAGAAUGCGCCUCCACUCAUGAACAAAGCAAGGCUUGGCUACGGCAAAGCCUUGCGGAGUUUGCAAGAGGCUUUGGCGUCACCGACUGAUGCAGUCAAGGAUGAGACUUUUGCUUCUGUUGUUCUACUUUCGCUUUAUGAGGAUAUAUCUGGUGAGCGGAAUGGGCUGUUUAGCUCACAUACCGCUGGCUUUGAGUUCCUUAUGAAGCUCCGUGGUGAAGGGCAGAUGGAUCACCGCCGCGGGAGGGAUAUGUUCAACUUUGCUUAUACACACCUUUAUGUUGAAAUACUCGCCUUGGGAGAUAAACCCCGCUUCGACAUCGACUGGGUAGUCACCAUGCUAGACAGCACCAAUCCCGUCGAACGAUUGAUGAUUACAGCAUCCAGCAUCUCCCAAGUUUUCAUUUCCAUGCGAUCUGCGCCACCCACAGAUCAAGCCACCGUGGAAGGGUGGAUCGCCGCCGGUCUCGAACACGACGCUGAACUUGCUCAGUGGACUGAAACCCUCCCUGACCACUGGCUCCCGCUCUUCGUCUAUUCAGACCAGGGCGAGCCCCUCAUGACAUACAAACGGAUCUCCAACGCUGUGGUCUGGAACUACUACCGUGCUGCGCGGGUUAUGCUGCAACAACUCUUAGUCAGUCUGCAUGGCUCUCUGGCUACUAUCAAACUGCAGUCUUGUGCUUCAGAGUCCUCAUUCACCCAUCCGGGCGCCUCCACUCCGGAGACAAUACACCGAACAACAAUCCGUGAAUUAACCACAGAAGUCUGCCGCAGCAUCCCCUUCUGUCUCUCGGACGUCGAUAGCCUCGGUCGCCCGGCGACGAACACAGUUGGUGAAUGGCAGAUGCGCGCCGCACAGGGGUAUGGCCUUCUCUGGCCGUUGUGGUAUGUCUUGUCCUGUGGUAUGCCUACACCAGCACAGGUCGAACAGAUCCGUACUGUGCUCUAUCGCAUAGGCUCUGAGCAUGGUAUUAAGCUGGCUUUGGUACUUGCGCGGGAGGCUGAGCGGAUUCGCGGUGAGCACGCUGAGGUGCCGGUGCCU